GAUAUAUUAUCAUGUUACAUUAUUAUCAUUAUAUGUUUAGGCUGAUGCAUCAGUGUAUAAGCAGCAUUUCACUGUAGUACCUGGUCAAAGUGGAUUGGACCACCAACUGUAUAUAAAGUUCAUGUUUUUUAGAAUGCUAAAUCUUAAUCUGAAACCUUACUUGUAACUACAGCUAUCAAAUAAAUGGCCAGUACUUUCCUCUGAACUGUACCUCUCCUUCCCACCACUGGUUGCAGAUAAAUGGCUGCGGGCUAUUUAAGGAAACAGGUGCGCCUUCGAAAGGUAACAGUGGAGAAACAGGAAGUAGACUCAGUUGUAAGCAAACACAAACCGAUACGGAACAAUAUUUCAGCACCAGAAAUGAACAUGAGGGCAGUGGGGAAAUAUUUUGACCGGCCUGACUGACGACAUGAGACAACCUCUGCUUCUUAUCAGUCUGUCCCUGGCAGUCCUUUCUGCCAAUGUGCUGGCUCAGGACCCGGUACAGAUCGCGUUCCAGACAGACCCAGUGCUGGUUCAAACUGGUACUGAUGUCGUAUUCACAGUGCUGACAGUGCCCCAGGUCCUGUCCAUGAACUGGCUGUACCAAGGAGUCACUCUGGGUCUGUGGGCUGGAGGAGCCUCCGUGGUUAACCCGGUGCCCCAAUUCCAGGGCAGGCUCACCAUCUCUGCCACCCAGCUCCGAAUCGGAGGUUCCCAGCUCCGAGAUGCGGGGAACUACACGGUGGAGGUGACCCCCAUUGUUACAACCGGCCUGGGUGCUAACUCCAGAUCGAUACAGCUGAGGGUGUUUGAUGCAGUGGCCGGGGUGAGUCUGUUUGUUCCCUCAAUAGCGAUGGAGGGGAAAAAUGUGUCUCUGAGUUGUACGUGGACUGCUGGGACGGAGAUUACAGUCCAGUGGGGCAAAGGAGGUGUAGCCAUCACAGCCAACUCCAGGAUCACCAUCUCUGGCGGCUCCCUGGUCAUCAACCCUGCCAACCGGAGCGAUACCGGGGAGUACACAUGUACUGUCAGCAACCUCGUCAGCGCCCAAACUGCCACACAGAGCCUCACUGUCUACUAUGGCCCUGACACCCCCGUGUUGACCAAGCAGACCCCGAAAAAGUGUGUCGGGGGAGGGGAUGUGUUGGUGGGACAGACGGCGCGUCUCACCUGCACGUCUAACUCACUGCCCCCUGCCCUCUUCACAUGGCAACAUGACGGACAGCCGGUCGCAUCCAGCCAGCCGGACAGCGGGGUGCUCACCAUUCAGACUUUCUCAACCAAUGAGAGCGGCCAGUACGUCUGCACGGCCAGAAACAGUAUCACUGAAGCCACGUCGGAGCAGGGGACAGUCUUGGCCAUCGUAGACACGUGUCUAAAUGUAGGGGAAGUGGUGGGGAUUGUGAUUGGCUGUUUGCUGCUGAUCAUAAUCAUCAUUCUCCUCAUCGUGCUCAUUGUCUUUCUCAUACGAAGGAGGAGGGUACAACAGAGACAAAGAGACAUUGCGUUUGUGCAGAAGACCAACCCAAAUCCCAGGCCUAUACCUCCAGAUCCACAACCUAAUGGUGCAAGGGAUUUGGGCCAAGGUCCCCACCCCCCCCUCUAUCAAACACACACACGCCACCCUAACCACUUAUACACAAACCCGCGUGAAAACCGUAACUACCCACAGACGCCGCUGCCGAACGGCCUUCAUAACUCAGACACACACCAGCACCAUAGUCGACGAACCCACACAAAUGGACUCCUACACAGAUCUAUUCAGAACACCAAUUCUUACCCACACAAUGGCAUUGACAACCCGGCUUUCACACGCACUGAUGCUCAGAAUGCAAACACACUCCCGAACACACAGCAGCAAAAUCAUAACAUUGUCAUACAGGCUGGGGCUGCCCAGGGCGCUGCCCAGCCGCCGGCAGUCCACGUCAGCCUUAACACACAAACUGCCCACCAAAACAACAAUGCACAACUGCCCACCAUUCAUGUCAAUCUUAACUCAUACCCAACCAAUGGCCAACAGGCUCAGCAAGACAGCUCAUUUCCUCUCACCAACACAACCAAUAAUAACGCUUCAGAAAUCCAACAAAACUCAUUACGUGCAAUGCAAUUAAAUCCCAUAAUGCAAAGUGGGCAGUCCUAUAUUGGUGACCCCCGGCUGAAUGAUCACAUAGUAAGUCACCAAGCUCAGCCUGAUCUUAUUCCAACUGGAUACACACACUAUAAUAGUAAUAACACUUCUCAGCGAAACGCCAAUACACAGACAUACCAGCAGGAGCCACACCCUCAUAGCAGGUCUGAGAGAAACUCAGGGAGACAUGAUGCCACUCCCAGCUCCUCCCGUCGACAGAUGCCAUGGGAUUGCCUCCGAGGGACACCAGCAUAUCCUGGAGGACAGACAUCACCUGAGACCUCUGACACUACAGACUACACUACCCAUCCUCCCAUGCGAGAGGAAAGAACACCAAACAGAUAUCAGCCUCGACCUCAGAGCCAAACCACUUUGCUGAGCAGAGCUCCACCCAGACAAGAUGCACCAUCAGUGGACAGACAGACACGGAGCCGUACAACUGAUCUUCGAGUCCCAAACACACGCAGUGUAACACAGCUUGAGGCUGCACACCACACACAGAGAAGCCCCCGCACACAAAGGGAGAGUCCUCAGCGAGACAUCAGAGGUUCGCCUGGUAGCCAGACAGCCCCCAGGCAGGAAGCCACACACAGCAAUAACCCCCAGGCAAGGCCUCUCAUGAGCCAGCAGGCCUCUGUAGGCCACUUUGCUGUGUCACAAGGACCCAUGACACAGCAGGGACUGACUGCACCGCAGGGUGCAGAUACAAGAGCUUUGGCUGAUCCUAAUCACCUUCCACAGGCACACAUGGCCCAGCAACAUAGAGCAGCACCGAUCCAAAAACCAGCACAAGGCCUGGGCACACAGACACAGACUGUCAUACAUGGUGCCAGUCAACCUCGCCAAAGAGGCACUGCUCCAGUCCCAUACUCUUCUGCCCAACCCAAUCCCAGUAACCUAACCCAGGCUGCACUUACAGCCCACACUGAGAGGACUGAAACAUUUCAGAACCGGAAACAACAGACCCAGGCUGCCUUGCUUCACCCCGGACAACAGGCACAGGCUCCUGUUGCUGGGGCUCAGCCCCCACCAACUCCUCCUCCUGUUAUCCCCCUCACACAGUUUCAGACCCUCCCCAAGAAGCACACCCAACACAAAUCCCCAGUUAGAGGUCCUCAGCCCCCCAGACCUCCUGUCAACAUACCGGUGUCUCAACGACACCUACAAGUACAACAUCGUCCCAAUCCUGCCACGAUGCCGACCAGCCAUCAUCACCAUCAUGGAAAUGCCCACAUGCAUGUCGGUGCACACAGGCAUGAACAUGCCCGUGGCCACGGGCACCCUGCCCACUUCACCCACCCACGGCAGCAACAGGCUCAAAGAGGAAGACCAAGAUGAUGACAGAUGUCAGCAGACUACACUCCACAAUGUCCCGCAUCCACUGACACAAACAAACAGCUGACAGACGUGAUCCAAUAUACCACCAAGCAAGACUGACUGCACAAUGUUGUGCACUCAAAAAAGCUGUCAUUCCUUGCAAUCUCAGUCCUAAAGUAUUACACACGCUGAUACCUACACCCAGAUGUAUUGUACUAUUUUGACUUCUGAAGCACUAGUCAUGCAUCAAACUUUGGCAAGAGCCUGCUCAGAUUGGACAGGUUCAGUGAUCCAUAGCUCUUGACCAAGCUCACAUCCCCUCAUCCAUUCAUCAUCUAAACUCAACAACACUACCUUAACAAAAUGCAUUUGAGGUGCUUGCAUGACCAUCUGUGUGCAUCUGACACUUAAGGAGAUCUAAUAGUGACAGACAGUAAAUGAGAAGGGACCCGGCACAAGAUGGACUUGUCCCCUGGGAACAGUGACAAUUAUGAAAGAAUAAAUUAGGUGUAGAGGUGGUCUUAAUGUACAUGGACCUAUUUAUUUUGUGCCUUCUGUUUACAGAUGCCUCUCAUGACACUUCUCAAUUAAGGGGAUUCGCCUCAGUGGCGCUCAGAAGUAAUGCUCAGCUAACUAUGAAGGGGAUCCCACGAAUGGAUGGGCGCUUAUUAAUUAAAUGCUUUUAUGCGACUUAAAUGACUUGGAAAAUAAUCACACCCGUGCAUGAAUGAGGUCAGCACAAAGACCUGAGCUGCCACGCUUUCUGCUGAAAAGGCACAGUGUAACAAUUUACUGUCUGCACUGGGUCAUGGACAGCACAUUAAAAAACAAUGAGAUGUCAUUAUUACUUUUAUGUAUUAUUAUGUAUUUAUUGCAUUAUAAUAAUUGUGUUCGGGAGUAUUUGUACAAUUUAUUUUUAUUAGGUUGCACCAAUUGAUAUCAAUGUUUAUUAAUUUAUAAAUUUGAAUGAUUAGGCUGGUAUUAUUCUAUAUUUGUCUUAUUGUCAAGCAAAUCCCAAGAUAUAGUCACAGAAAGUAAGCUGUUAGUAUAAGUCUGCCAUUAGGUGACUAUUUCAGUCUGCAUUCUCCUCCCUUCCUGCUGUCUUCUGACACUAUUUUGCAAGAGCACAGUUGCUGCAUCUUGGGUUUAGCGCCGCCCAAGACAAUUGUGAUUAGUUUAAUGAAAUACAAACAAACCAGUGUUUGUUCCCCUCUAUCAGAAUGAUAAUGGGUUCAGCCAGACUACCCGUGACAAGACCAAAACCAACAAUGAACAGAUCUUUUUAAAAAGUAUUGUCCCUGUUGCCAAAAUGUGAUAUAUCUCAAUCCUCCGUGCCGUAGAGCUCCAUUGUUACUAAUGAAUACACAUCAAUGAGCCAAACAGUUGCGCUGUGUGACUUGUUCCAUUAUUUCCAUAAACAUGGACACUGUAGUUAAAUAAAGCCAAUUGAAUGAACACUGUCGUGCUCCUGUAAAUUGUCACUA